UUGAGGCCAAACUAGCUGUUUUACCAGAUGUGAAGAACAAUUAAAUAAUUGGCACGGUGGGCAAAGCAAGAUUCACUCCUUGGUUGAACCACUUGAUCAAAAUUUUGUAAAUUUCUCUUUCUAUCUAUCUCUAUCUGGGAGCAAGUAUAAUAUAUAAUUGAAACAAUUAAUUACAGUUGGAAGUUCAAGGUUUCAAGCUAGCUAGAGGUAUUUAUAAAAUCCCAGUGGGUGGUAUUGGAAGCUAUAUACAUAACAUAACAUAUAUGUUUGUAUAUAAGAGAAGUGGAAGAGGGAGAAGGAGGGAAGGUGAUAUUAAGGGAAAUGAAGAGGAGCAGAGAUAUGGAGAAGAGAUCAGAGAUAAAUUCUGCAAUUGAAGAGUUGUCUAUGCUGGUUAUAGUCAAACCUGAAGGAAAUCAUAAGAUUGCACACAUCCCCACAAAGCCUUUCCUAUCUCUAUGUUACUUGGUUCUACAAGUUAUUGAUAAGAUAGGACCAACCAUGGCUGUUUUGAGACAAGACGUUUCCCAGAAUAUUAAGAGGUUGGAAGUGAUGCAUGAAUUGAAUCCCUCGAUGAAUUCAAAUUUGGUUGAAAUAUUGAAAUCAGAAGCUACCAAAGGCAAAGCAAGGAAGAGGUCUAGUUGUAGUAAAGCCUUUCUUUGGCUCACUAGGUCCCUGGAUUUCUCCUCAGCAUUGUUACAAUCACUAGAAAACGAUCCUAAAAAGGAUUUGGAGCAAAUAAUUCAAGAAUGUUAUGAUGCAACCUUGUCACCAUGGCAUGGAUGGAUUUCGUCAGCUGCUUUCAGAGUGGCUAAAAAACUAGUGCCAGAUAGUAAAACUUUGAUGGAUCUCCUCAAGGAAAAAGAUGAAAACUGUGAAACCCUAAAGGAGAAAAUGCAGAUCUUGGUUUCCUUGCUUGUGCCAUUUCUUGAGGAUGUUCAUUGUAUUCUUAAAAUUUAUAACUUGGACAGGAUUAAGUCAACCUGAAGAUAGAAGAACUGAUAUACAGCUUUGUGUAGUACUGUAGACACAGCUAUGUAGUGUAUAUUUUGGCUUCCUUCCCCCGCUGUUUUCAUGUAAAUAGUUUGUAUAAAAAAAAUUGCGUCAACACAGCUAUGCAGUUACAAGUUUGGUUUCGGCUGCUCAAUAUAGAUUUUAUACAUCAAAUUUGUAUAUAAGUUGAAUUCUAAGUUUUAUUUUGUCUACAUGAAAGAUCUAAUUUAGAGCCAUGUUACAUCCAAAA